AUGGGGGAUGUUAGGCGGCCGGCCAGUGAACCAGGUUGUAUUGAUAUCAAGCUGGGUAGCGACUACCCAUCAAACGAGUUCCAGAUUUGCAGUCAACAAUCAAGUGUGUUGGACUGUACCAAUGUUGCUACAGGUGAAACAGUUGAAGACAGCAGAUGUGAGGGACAGAAACCAGAAGUUAAUGCCAGAGGCUGUAAUAAUAUCAACUGUCCACCUAGAUGGGAAGGAGAGCCAUGGGGUGCUUGUACAGUAUCAUGUGGGUCUGGUACUCAGACUAGAGAUAUCUACUGCAUCCAGAAGAUAUCAACGAGUAUGACAGUAAGACUAUCAGACGAUAUGUGUGAUGGGUCAAGACUGGCUUCUGUACAGGCUUGUAACGUUGAUCCUUGUCCCUACUGGAAACCCGAGCCUUGGUCACUGUGUUCGGUCUCCUGUGGCCAGGGUAUGAGCACAAGGGAGAUUAUGUGUCGCAAUCAUCGUAAUGAACUUGCUAUGGGAUGUGAUGUAGAUACAAUGCCUUCCAUAAGAACAGUAUGUUUGCCAGGAAUACCCUGUCUACCAGACCCUGAUACCAAUACACCAGAAGUUAAUAGACCUGAACUAGCAACAACAUCUCCUCUUGAGAAAAAAGAAACAGCUGAAGUUCCAAGAUACUAUAGCGGAGAGUGGAGUCCGUGUAGCACCUCCUGCGGUCCUGGUACCAGGACCCGAAGUGUGCGAUGCAAGGUCUAUCUCCAAGCUUUCAGUUCAACCUUCGACAUCAGCGACUUGGAUUGUCAAGGCUCACCCCGCCCUCAUGACGUAGAAGAAUGCCAGGAUACGGAAUGUACCCCACCCCAGGGAGCAUCCUUAUUUGGUCCAUCUAGAUCUUCAGUACCAGUCCAGAUGGAUCCCACAGAACCCAAUGUGGUCCAACCAGACCCUACCUUAGAGCUUGGACCAAGACCAGAUGUAGAUGUAUUUAUAUGGCGAUAUUGGGGCUAUUCUCCAUGCAGUGCUUCAUGUGUUGGAGGUGUACAGGAAUCGAUAGUCCGUUGUGUUAAUGCCUUCACUGAUGAGUUGGUGAGCGAUGCUCAUUGUGAUUACAGUCUUAAGCUACCGACCAGUCAACAAUCUUGUAAUGAAAGACCAUGUCCCCCUGAAUGGAAGGUUUUCUUGUAUGGAGAGUGUUCUUCAUCUUGUGGUCAAGGAGUGAAGUACCCAACUGAUAUAUACUGCAUCCAGAAAGCAUCUAGGAAUUCAGGUGUGUCCGUCAAUAUACUCACCAGAGAGCACUGUACGGGACCUAAACCAAACAACUCGUUACCGUGUGAAGCAACAUGUCCAGCCACUUGGGUUUUAGGAGAUUGGUCAGAGUGCUCUGCUACAUGUGGUCAUGGUGCAGGAAAUAAAACCAGGAGUGUAUCUUGUCAACAAACCAUCCCUUCUGGGGGAGAUAUUGAAGUAGAUAUAACCAGCUGUCCACUACCUGUACCUCAUACAGUAGAAGAAUGUGAUAACGUCCAAUGUCCACCCUACUGGAUCGCAAGAGCAUCUUCACCGUGUUCCCAGAGCUGUGGGACCGGUGUUCAGUCAGUAUCAUUGACGUGUCAUCAGAUGACACCAGUAGGUGAAGAGAUUGAGUUAGAUUCUCAGCUAUGCCCAAUACCACCACCUCCAGACACUCAACCAUGUAACGAAAUAGACUGCCCUGUUCAAUGGACAAUACAAACACUUUCACAGUGUUCUGCUAGCUGUGGAGCCGGUAUUCAGCUUCGUUCUGUAUUGUGUGGAAGAAUCCUUGCUAAUGGCACACAGGUUUACAUUGAUCAAAGACAUUGUAUGCCAGACAGAAGACCGGCUGAUCAUGUGACUUGUCAUUUAGCAAAAUGUACUGAUAUUGAGAUCCUCUCAAAUCGUUCUACAUUCUACCAGACUGGGCUGGUCAGUAAAGUGAGACUUGUCAUUGGUCAAGAAGCCUAUGUCUACGAAUCAACUGUGGUCACUAUCAAAUGCCCUGUGUUCAACUUCAAGAAGAGCCAGCUGAUAUGGGAGAGGGGACUGUCACCGAUAGAAGACACUGAUCCUAGGAUGAAGGUGGUGUCAGGUGGUAUACUGCGCAUCAAAUAUGUAGAAGAAAGAGACUCUGGCGUGUAUGCAUGCAGAGCAGGUGAUCAGAGGGAGACCAUUACACUUCAUGUUAGAUCUGGAUUACCAACAUAUGAGAAAUCAUCUGACCAAGCUUUGCCCAAUUCUACCAGCAAUGACGAUAUAAGGUGGCAUUUGGGUAGUUGGAGUGAGUGUUCUGCUAGUUGUAAUGGUGGCUGGCAAACGAGAGAAGUCCGAUGUCUGAGGAACAAUCUUGUCGGCCGAUCUAAACCAAGGGAUGCUGGGAUAUGUAAGAGUGUUGGACUUGAAGAACCGAUCACACGCAAGGAAUGUAAUAAACAUCCGUGUCAAAACCAUUGGGUCGCCGGUAUUUGGUCACAGUGUACUGGAGAGUGUGUUGGUGUAAGGCGAUCGUUGCAGACUAGAGGAGUCUUGUGUCGUAGUCCAUCCCUUGAUAUACUCACUGAUGAUAGGUGUCCAUUGGCUUCUAAACCCCUUCAUGAGAGGCUGUGUAUCAAUGACGAAUGUAGGCCAAAGUGGCUUGUUACGAAAUGGAGUAGUUGUUCAUCAUCUUGUGGAGUGAAUGCUGUUCAGAGGCGUAAGGUACGAUGUGUUACAUCAGAGACUAGAGUGAGAAUGGAAAGUUCCAUCUGUGCUGCUGUCUUUGGUCAACCUCAUAUCAUGAAGAAAUGCCUUCUUGAUCCCUGUCCUAAUGAGGAAUGCCUAGACGAAGGAACAUAUUGUAGUCUUGUACACAGACUGCAGAUGUGCAACAAUCCAAGCUACCAACGCCGGUGCUGUAAAACCUGUCAAUCAUAUGGCUGAUGUCUCCCACUCACCAAACAAAAAAACAGCAUUGCAACCACUCGCAUAUGAUGUGAACAACCCUUGAUUGACCAUAUAGUAUUUGUGUACUUUAGAUCAGCCCUGUUUAUAUGCUAGAUUUAAAGCUUUAUUGGCCUGUAUAUACACGUUUAUGAAAAUACAUCUCACCAACAGCUGAACGACAUACAGGUGUUUGGUUUUCCCAACGCUCUUUCUAGCUGCACUUUAAAAAAAAUACUAUUUAAAGCGAUUUGUGCGCCAAUGAACUUGUAUCUGCUGUUUUCAGCAAAACAAGAGGAAGCAGAGAAAAGUCAUACUUUGCCCAGGGCUGUAUUCUAAACUCUGGUUUCAUUCAAACCUUGGUUGAAAUGUUUGACGAACUACAGGUAGCCAAAUAUGUCAAAACUUUUUAAUGCUUUUAUAUAGAAUGACGAUUGUCAGCAAAAUGUCCUCUCUUGACACAUUCAUGCUCACAAAGAGAAAAGAGGAGUGCAUUGUUGUGGAUGAAGUUUUCACAUUUGUUUGCGAUCUUAUUGAAGCCUAUUUUCUAUAUUCUUUACUUCAGGGUCCUGUUGUCUUGUUAACAACAAAUGAACAAUGUUUAUAACAAAUUUACCUUCUGCCAAUCAAGUUGCAUAAUUUCAGUAGCUUUUGAUUAAAACAAAGUUUUAUGAAAUGGACCCUCCAGUUUUAAAUAAGAAAGCAAAUCCAUUUUAACCUUUUUCACUGUACCAAAUGCACAUUUUCUUGAUAAAUCAUUCAUUCAAUAUGAAAGAUUUGUAUCUCAUUUGGCUAUCUAUAAUCCAGUCACAUAUUAAAACCAAAGGUUCAGUAGUUUAACGAGAAUUCACAAAACAUGCUGUACUCUCUCUCAUCAAAUUUAAACGAAACAACACAUUAAGUAUUUGUAAAUGUCUGUGUAUUCAAGUAUAAAUAGUUAAUUUUCAUCACUUGUUCUUCACUUUUACCCUUAAAAAUUUUCAGAAAGGAGCCAAACUUUGGCACUCUUUUCCUGAAAUCAUAUCAAUUCAAAUUGUUCAAUCAAGUAUAAUCUAUGUAAUUUUUGUUAAUGGGUAUUGGGAAUUAAACUAAAAAGUCUACUUUUUGUACAGAAGAAAGGAGACUUUGGAAGCUUUUAUUCUUCAUAAGAUAUUGAAAUAGAACAAGGUAUGGUAAAUUCCAUUACUUGCAUGAAGUCCAUUAGAGUUAGGAAAUCUUUGAAAUGAAGGAUGGUAUGAGAGAAGUAUCAACAGUACUUGAAGGUCAUUAUUUUCUGGGGGACCUGACUAGAUAGAUUUUUUUUGGCAUAAAUAAACAUUCAUUAAUGGAUCUAUGAAGAGCUAGGUAUAUAUACAUGCAUACCACUGCACACUAUUCAGUUGGUUGUUCAAGUAACAGUAGUAGUAUCAUUAUGAUAAUUUGUUUAUUGUCAUCUAUUAUCAGUUGUAUGGUGCUGUUUAGGAGCUAGUAUUAUAUGACAACUUGUUGCUGUUUUAGCUUUCUGUAAAAAUAGAUUGAGCGUAUUUUACCCGAUGACAUAUAAGAAUUUACAGCAAUAUAUUUUCUAGGCCUCUCCCAGUAAUGGUAUUUCAAAUUAUGUAUAAAAGAAAAGGUCGUUAAUUGAAGUGAAGAAAAAAAAAAAUCCUCAGAUAAUGGUUGAGUAUUUAUAUAUCUUGUUUUAUUUAACCAUCUUGGUGCUCAUGUCAUGGCGAACCAAUUUACUUAAGCCCCAUUUAAAAUGUUUAUUCAUUAAAAAUUCAGUACACUUGACCAAGCGGUGAAGUCAAAUUGAAUUUCAACUUGAAUUUCAUAUUUUUCUUUAAGUUUUCUUGACCACAUAACAAUAAAAUAUAAAAAAUAACAUUUUUUGGAAUAUUGAUUGCCAUUUGUUGAUACAACAGUAAAAAACUUUAUACCUAAAUAAAAUUCUAGUUUGUGCCUUAAUAUUCAUCUGUUGUUUUGAUUAUGCAUUAUGUCGCCAUAUAAAAAUGGAAUAUCAAAUUCCUGUGGUUGAAGAAGAAAAGAAAUGUGGGAUUAAGAUAAGAUUACCUUCUGUUGCUAUCAAUGAACAUAUUUUUGUGCUGCCACCUUGCACGUAUUAUAUUAGCAAAUAGAUUUGUUUGGAUUGUUUUGUAUGUAUACAUGUAUCAUUUACUAAUAUUGUCUUCCUAGAUGCUGUUGUGACUUUUAUGACUGCAUCAUGAAUUAAUUGGUAUUUUGUCAAAUGAUUUGUAGAUUUGUGAAGUGUAAAAAUAGUGGCCCAGUCAAGCACUCUAAACAGUUGUAUCCCAGCACUCCCAUAUUUCAUUUUCACCAUAAAAACCUUUCAUGGAGAGUUUAUGAAUUUUGAUAUGUUAUUUAAUUUACUAAGAUGUAAAUGUAUGUAUUCAUGUCUAUGCAGUUAACUUAAUUAUGUGCAUACAUGCAUUUAAGUAUCCCCCUUUUUAGCUUUUAGCACACUUUGUAAAUAUUUUGAUGUUGAUACAUGGCUAUUUGAUCUGUAGUUAAGAGAGGAGUCUCUUUCGUGUAUUUUAAAUGUAAGUAUUAAAUGGUUAUUACAAAUAAAAGUUGUUAUUUAUAUGAAGAACUAGUAAUUGAAAUGAUGGUGAUUAAUGUCUAUCAUCCUUACAUGUACUCCUUGGAAAGAUUGUUUUGACCUAAAUUCACAAAGAUUCAAACCACAGGAUAUGCUUUAAACCCUUUUAAAAAAUUUUAAUAAAUAAACAUCAAUGAGAAUAAAAUUGCCAUGCAUGCAUUUCAAGAAAACCUCUAAUUGGGUUAGAUUUUUAUUUGCAUGUAUGAGAAGCAGGUGGUCAUGCCAUGGUUUGAAAAAGACCUCAUUUGUGAAUUUGGACUUUACUUUUAAUACAGAAGUGAAACGCUGAUAUUCUAAUUUUGAUUAUUUUUUAUGAUUAGAGUAUGUUUAUGGAGGGUAGUUUUGAUUUGUUCAUAUGAUUGAUUGCCAGGAAAUUGUCCAUGUCUGUCUUUUGUGGCUGAAAUAUUUAAUAAAUGGUAAUGAAUCUAA